ACCACUAGAUACCGUUCAUCAUUCAUAUCAUCCCCUCUAAUGGCUGACAAUAGCAAAGAGGUUCAACUAUACCCAUACCCGACUCACGUCAACACGGCCAACUUUGUUUCCAUCAAGCUAUCGGACAAAAUGAAUUAUCGUUCAUGGCAGGCACAAAUGACGUGCCUUUUGGAGGGCCAUGGUAUGCUAGGAUUCAUUGAUGGGACUAUAAAAUGCACUCAAAGAAAGCCAGAAUACAAGGAAUGGAAAAGGUCAGACACAUUAGUCAAAGGAUGGAUCUUUGGUUCGCUAACUCAAGAUGUUAUGAACAAAGUCGUCGGCCUAGAUACAAGUCACCAUGUCUGGAAGAAGUUGAAUAAUAAUUACGAUAUUUUGGCUGCUCCUUCUGUCGGUAACCAAGAGGUUCAACUAUACCCAUACCCAACUCACGUGAAUACGGCCAACUUUGUUUCGAUCAAGCUAUGGGGAAAAACGAAUUAUCAUUCAUGGAAGAAACAAAUGAUAUGCCUUUUGGAGAGCCAUGGUAUGCUAGGUUUCAUUGAUGGUACUAUUAAAUGCACUCAAAGAAAAGCAGAAUAUAAGGAAUGGAAAAGGUCAGACACAUUAGUCAAAGGAUGGAUCUUUGGUUCGCUAACCGAAAAUGUUAUGAAUACACUCGACGUCCGACAUACAAGUCACCCAAUUUGGGAGAAGCUUAAAAAAAAUUACGAUAUUUUGGCUGAUCCUAUCAGUGACCAAGAUUCAAGUAAGUAUCGAGCACUAUAUAGAGCUGUAGUGAACGGGCAAUGGAAGGAAGCUCGAGAAUAUUUCAUCAAAGAUAGAGAUACAUUGACUAGUAAAAUCAAUGAUGAUGAUGAAAGCCCACUACAUGUCGGAAUUGGUACAUGUCAAAAUAUCGAUUUUGUAGCGAAACUCCUGAAGGAGAUGGAUUCCGAAUCACUUUUGGAGUCACUUCCGUCUCUAGUGUGUAAUAGAGGACAAAACCCGUUGCACCGUGCUGCACUAGUUGGCAACAUCAAGGCUGCCGUGAUGUUGGUUGAAAAAAACCCAAAUUUGUUAUUCAAAACUGAUAACGUGGGUAAUUUACCAAUCCAUAAUGCUAUUUUGGGUGCUCAUGUAAAAACUUUUCAGUAUUUACUGAAGGUUACAAACACAUAUAUUGAGCUCUCUCAACAAGAAGGACACCAUAGUCCCUUUAACGGAUUGAAUGCUGGCAACCUUCUCUUUAGUAUAAUUGGUAACGGAUUAUUCGACGUUGCAUAUGAGUUGAUCAAGAAGUACCCUGACAUGGCUAGAACAAAGAAAGACUUUUUCUUUCCAUUGAAGGCUAUCGCUGGAAAGUCAGGCGCCAGAAGAACAUACAACUUCUACCAACAAUUUGUUUAUCAUUAUGUGCCAUUACAAGACCAGGACCACAACCAGGACAAUGCACACCAGAUUGAUCGUGAUAUCGAGAAUCAAGUUCGAGAUACCACUAUACCAAUUGUCAACGGCAGGAGAAGCUGCUUCUACUCAGUCAUCAGAUGGAUACUUGUCAAGUUAUGGAAAGUUAUACUACUACGUGUGGCACAUGUGAAGGGCCUCCAAGAUGACAAGGUGAAGCAUAAUAAAGCUCUGCUUGUACUUAAAUGUAUUUGCGAAGAACUUCAAAAGAUAGAAAAGGAGAGUGAAGUUCGUAAACAUUACAGUGAAGCAGUUCUGUACGCAUUAGAACAGGAUAAUACUGAGGCGUUUGAAGAGAUCAUCAAAUCAUUUCCACAGGCAAUCUGGACCAAGAAGAACGGUUUAAAUCUUAUUCAACUUUCAAUAGUAAACCGUAGUGAAAACGUUUACAGCUUUUUGGUGCACAAGGCCGUAAUAAACAAGCAUGCACACAGAAUUUUGAAGGACGAAAAUGGAAAUAAUAUUUUGCAUUUGGCAGGACAAUUAGCACCUAUACAUAAACUCAAUAUGGUUUCAGGUGCAGCCCUACAAAUGCAAAGGGAGUUACAGUGGUUUGAGGAAGUGAAGAAGUUUGCCCUUUCUAGGAACAGCGAAGCUAUAAACAAAAAGCGAGAGACGCCAAUUAUGGUGUUCAGAAGAGAACACAAGGAAUUAAGAAAAGAAGGGGAAGAAUGGAUGAAAAAGACUGCGGAUUCAUAUACAAUCACAGCAGCACUUAUCAUUACAAUAGUAUUUGCCGCAGCCAUUACUGUACCAGGUGGAAAUGAUGACAACGGGAAAGCAAUUUAUGACACAAAUCCAGGUUUUCUCGUAUUUGUGGUUUCGGAUGCAAUCUCAUUGUUCACAGCCACUACUUCCUUGUUGCUAUGUCUUUCCAUUUUAACAAUGCGUUACAAAGACGAAGACUUUCUCUAUCGGUUACCCAAGAGAUUGAUGUUUGGCCUUGGUAUGUUAUUCGUAUCAGUUUCCUCUAUGACGAUAGCCUUUAGUGCAACAUUAUACAUUAUGUUUGGGCAUGGAAAAGCUUGGGUAUUGUUGCUGAUAGUGGCAUUAACAUGUCUGCCAAUAAUAUCAUUCGUGACAUUACAGCUACCCUUGCUUUUUGAUCUGUACUCUUCCACAUAUGGUCAAGGAAUUUUUGGUAAACAAAGUGAUGGGAAGAUCAAAUUAGUUAUUAACAUGGCAAAGCAUAAUAUGAAGGCCCAAGUGUGGAAAAGUAGGUUCUUACAUUUAUGGAGGUCCAUGAUUGGCCACACUUAAUUGAUUGUACUCGGGCUACUAGACAUUGCUUUUGACAUGUCACCAAUCAAAACUAAGGUUGAGUCGUUGAGAUAAUGGAGAACGCAGUGACAACUGACAAGGUCCCCAAACUGCUUUUUAAUUGGUGUAUGGACACUUUUAGUUUCUUUUAAUUUUAAUGUUUCUUGGAUUUUUGUU